GGCGCUGCGUCGCGGUUGCUCCGGCGGCGGCUCGAGGCUCGAGGCUCGAGGCUCGACGAGAGCAGCGCGCUUCCCUUCCGGAGCUACCGGCCACCUCGCCACCGAGCGAGCGAGCAAGCGAGCAAGCGAGCCUGCCAGCGAACGAGUGAGCUAGCUAGCUAAAGACCGACCGAUAUCGCACCGCGGCCAGCGGCUCAGUCGCGAGUCGCCAACCGAGCGGGUACGCCAGACGGUAGAACGCGUCUUCUCUAUCACCGUCUCCCGACGACGCGCACACGAUCUACCCCGUUAAACACGCGGACAACUCGCACUCUUUCUACUCCGAUUCAGCCGCUUCUUGCUUUGCGGUUCGAUGAUCCCCGAGGAGGAUCAUCUUCUCGUCGCACCACGAUCGUUUUAGUUCGGUAUAGUCGGUACGGGAACAUGCUGCACGAGGUACACGCUCGAGAUUCAACGAGUGGAUAGUUUGUUGUGCGUAGGCGAUGAGGAGACGCGAUCGGAAGCAAGGCGGACCGUGAAAUUUUGAGAUAUCGUGGUAAACAGAGAAGCUCGAACCGGCUUCCGGGUGAUCUUGCUCGGUCAUCAGGGUCGUUUUUAUCUCACCGAGCGGAUACUCGGAAGGCUUUUCAGAGGGGCUGAAGGAGAGAAAUGAAGGAGCCGCGAGAAACCGGUCGACACGUCGAAACGUCGCAACCCUGACGAAGAUCGUCGUCGAUCGAGCAGGUAAAGUAGCGGAUUCAAACGCGUCCACGGGAGGCUGUGCUGGCGAGCUGUCACGAGGAAGGAGCCACACCGUGACGCAUGCGACGUGCCGUCUAUCGCGAGAGCUGUGCGUCGUGGAAAACAUCUGCGCGACCGGUGAAGCUUUUAACUCGUGCACCUCCCCUCUCUGACGUAUUGCGAACGGAACCAGCGUGGUCCUUGCGUGUCCGUGAUCCGCGACGAACUCGAGCGAGUAAAAAAAGCUCGCCUCCAGAAGUGUCGAGACCGAUACAAGUUAACAGGCUGAAGGAUUAUCGCGGACGAUGCUCGAGGAUCGUUUGAAAAUCGCUGAGGAAUCGCUCGAGGCCGCUUUGGAGGCAGCGCGCAGAACGUGAAAGAGAACGUUUCAUCGCGGACUGUGAUCAUCGAGACGCAACGUUUUCGGAGCUGGUGCAGCCGAAAGUAGAACCGGGGUGCAGUCUGGUUCGCUUCCGGGAAAGAUAAACAACGAUGACCCGGUAGACAGAGAUUAAUCGUCGAAGAGACGAGGAGCACAGGUUCCGCCAACUUCUUCUCGGAAGCCAUCCAUCGAUCACUCGAGCAAGAAUUUCCCGUAUUAAUUAAAACAUCGUAUCGUGUCUCGUCUGUUACCGUGAAGAAGAAGAGAAGAUGUUCACGAGUGAUAUACCAGGAUACGAUUCGUUUCGCGGGUGAACGAACGAUAAGUGUCUUCUCUUUGGCAGUCAUUCUCUUCUCGACGAUGUAGCGGGGGCUCGAAUGAUUCUCGAGGAUACUCUGGAGUAGGGGUUGGAACGAGCCUCUUAAUAGGAUAGGAUAGGAGAGGAGAGGAGAGAAGGAAGAACAGGUGGAGGAUCUUGGAUCUGAUAGCGAUCUGGACGUGAAUGUGUACGCGGAGAGAAGGAAACGAGCACGAGACGCAAUCGGUAUCGAUGAUGGUGGAAGGCACGUUGCCAGCAGGCGAUUGGCUGCCUUGGUGCUCGUGUUCCUUUGCUACGAGCUGCUGUUCGUAAUACCCGCGAGUCAAGUGGCACGUAAACAAAACGACAAACAAAAAGGAAUGCCGUGGUACAAUGACGGACUUGGUGGUCGUGCUCGAUCUUAGGAUCGGUGUGUCGUUGUCGACGACAUGCUCCUCGUCGUCGUCGUCGACGUCGUCGACGCGUUGCUGGUGGAAACGUAGUCGGUGUACAAGCAUCAGCUAAUAGAAGAUCCGUUCGAAUGGCGACAGAACUCGAGUACGAUCGGCUACGAUAAAAAGGACUUUACUCUCGCUCGCGAUUCGUCGAACGGAAGUUCCUCUGCCGAGGGAAUCCGGGACUCGAGUCUGAGCUGGAUCGCUUACGAGGCAUUCGAGAGAGGAAUUGAACGAGAGCGUGGCUAGCGUGAAACGUACGAAAGUAAACAAAAUAUAGAGGAUAUAUCGUAAUAGGAACGAAAGCAGGGUAUAAACACAGAGCUCUGUUCUUGUCGCGUUCCAAGUCGAACGCGCAGAUUUUAGAGACAGAAUAAAAAUAAGAGUAAGAAGGUGAAGGCGAAGGGGAAGGCGAAAACGAAGGCGAAGGCGAAGGCGAAGGUGAAGACGAAAACGAAAAGGAAGGGAAGGGUGGUGUUGAAAAAAAUAUUCCACCGUCGAGCAUGGCCUCGGUGGCAGCGUGGCUGCCGUUCGCCCGUGCGGCGGCGAUCGGUUGGGUACCGAUCGCCACACAUCCACUGCCACCUCCACCGAUACCGAAGGAUCGUCGCAAAGCCGACGACGAGAAGCUGCUGAUCAACGUGAGCGGCCGUCGGUUCGAGACUUGGCGGAACACCCUCGAGAAGUAUCCGGACACUCUUCUCGGUUCGAACGAGCGCGAGUUCUUUUACGACGAGGAGAGCAAGGAGUACUUCUUCGACCGUGAUCCAGACAUCUUUCGUCACAUAUUGAACUACUAUAGAACCGGUAAGCUUCAUUAUCCGAAGCACGAAUGCCUGACGAGCUACGACGAGGAAUUGGCGUUCUUCGGUAUACUACCGGACGUGAUCGGUGAUUGUUGCUACGAGGAUUACCGCGAUCGUAAACGCGAGAACGCCGAACGGCUGAUGGACGACAAGCUUAGCGAAAACGGUGAUCAAAAUCUUCAACAGCUGCUGGAUAUCAGGCAAAAGAUGUGGAGGGCAUUCCAAAAUCCUCACAUCUCGACAGCGGCGUUGGUAUUCUAUUAUGUGACCGGUUUCUUCAUCGCCGUUAGCGUGCUGGCGAACGUGGUCGAGACCGUGCCGUGCGGUAAUCGUCCGGGACGCGCCGGUACGCUUUCAUGCGGCGAACGUUACAAGAUCGUCUUCUUCUGCUUGGACACCGCCUGCGUGAUGAUAUUCACCGCUGAAUAUCUGUUGAGGCUGUUCGCGGCGCCUAGCCGGUGCAAAUUCGCUCGGUCCGUAAUGUCGAUCAUCGACGUGGUCGCAAUAUUACCGUAUUACAUCGGUCUCGGUAUCACCGACAACGACGACGUAUCCGGUGCAUUCGUUACGUUGCGCGUCUUCCGUGUGUUCCGGAUCUUCAAGUUCUCCAGACACUCGCAGGGACUCAGGAUUCUUGGUUACACCUUGAAAUCAUGCGCCUCGGAGCUCGGCUUUCUCGUAUUCUCACUGGCAAUGGCCAUCAUCAUAUUCGCAACCGUCAUGUUCUACGCGGAGAAGAACGUCGACGGAACGAACUUCACCUCGAUCCCUGCCGCUUUCUGGUACACCAUCGUUACGAUGACGACUUUGGGGUACGGUGACAUGGUUCCGAAAACGAUCGCGGGAAAAAUCGUUGGGGGUGUAUGCUCUCUCAGCGGUGUCCUUGUGAUCGCUUUACCGGUGCCUGUUAUCGUCAGUAAUUUCAGUCGAAUAUAUCAUCAGAAUCAGCGAGCUGAUAAGCGGAAGGCGCAGAGGAAAGCCAGAUUGGCACGUAUCAGGAUCGCUAAAGCUUCGAGCGGAGCAGCGUUCGUGAGCAAAAAGAAAGCGGCUGAAGCCCGAUUGGCCGCACAGGAGAGCGGACUUCAGCUGGACGACUCUUACAAGGAGGAGGAUAUCUUCGAGUUACAGCAUCAUCAUCUACUUCGUUGUUUAGAGAAGACUACGGAUCGCGAGUUUGUGGAGAUGGAGGUGCCGUACAACGGUGCCCCGAAGAGGCCGGGCUCACCGUCGCCGUUGACCUCCCCUGCGCACAGCACUGCCUCGAGGGGCGGCCUGCUGCACGCCUGCUGCGGCCGCUGCUAUCCCCAACGUUACCAGCAGGCGUACAGUCAGUACAUCCCAGCGACAAGGGCCCAAGUAACGGGUGCCCAAGGGGGACAGACUGGGGCUGCGAUGGACGGGACUUACCUCGUCGAGGCCUCGUUCUGAACGGCCUAAAUCUUUCUUAGCCAGUCUAGACUUAAACCACGCCCAAAACCUACAGAAUCCCAAAUGUAAAUGAAUCGAGAUCGAGAUAGAGCAGACCGAUGUAGAACAAAGUAAUUAACAGAGACCAGAUUUACGGAGAUGUUAUCUCUCUCACGUUUCGAGAAGGAAAGGUAACACGAGAUGCGUAUUACAGACAAAUUUCAUGUCGAUCGGACACACUAAAAACACUCGGACGAGAUGAAUACAAUGAAAAAAAAAAAAAAAUAAAUAAACAAAUAAAUAAAAAGUGUAGAAAAGGAUAAGGAAGAAACAAAAACACUGAGCCAGGAAUGUUAACGACACAGUCGUAACGAGAACAAAAUAAAAAAAAAUAUAUAUGUACAUAAUAUAAGCAUCAAAAUUGACACAAGACAUACACAGUGUAAAGUACACGCUUCUAAAUCAAUGAAAUUCUUCUAUUUCCUCAUUUCCGUGCCAUCCGUUCAUCGACGACCGCCGUGAUCCACAUGGGAACCGGACCUACUGAUGACAUCGCAUCACUCCGACCGAUCAUCAUCAUCAUCGUCGCUGGUCAUCAAACUAACGUCCCUGUCUCAUCCUACCCGCUGCGAAUCAACACCCUCUUUUUCUUGGCAUCUUCUUCUCUGUUCAUCCGUUCGUUCUUCUAUCAUGGAAAUAAAAACAAAACAAAACAAAACAACAAAAAAAAAAAAACAAAUAAAAAUGACAAAUGGAAACAACUGGGGGAAAAAAAUGGAACACAAACAUCGAAUAAACGACUCGUCCACGUGAAACCAUGCGAAAUUCAUAAUGAACCCCCGAUGUGGAUUUCUCUCUCUAUCUCUCGCCCGCUCUCUCUUCUUUUUGCCCAUUUUUUGCACGCUUGGACGACGUUCGAACAAACAACGUUCACACGAUAACGAAUAUACACGCUAACGAUGGAACCAAUUGAAAAAAAAAUAAAAAAAUAAAAACGAAAUACAAAUCUAUGGUGUACGAAUGACGAACGAAAUGUCGUAUUGAAAAUAAUAAAAAAUAUAUGAUAUAUGUGUAUAUAUGUAUAUUGAAUCGCGGCGCUUCAAAACAAUGGCCCGCUGAAAAUCACGUCCAA